AUGGCUAUUGCAGAAGUCGCACAGCAGCCAGAUAUCGGCUAUACACCAGACCAUGACAAGUACCUCGCACCUGUGCAGAGGCGCCUCAAGGGCGACAACCUAGACAAAACACUGCCACCUAGCUUUUCGACCGAGCUCAAAUCAGACCUCGUAUGGGACAAUACCGACAUAGCUGAUCGCUUUGACUGGACAUACGAACCCACUGCAACCGAUCUCGAAGAGAUCGAGAAGGCAUUGCAGCACUUCAAGAGCUUGGGAAAGUCCCUUGAAUACGUCGAUCAAGAAGCGUUCCCAUUGCCAAACCUUCACAGCAAGCUGGGAAUAAUUUCCAUGAGAUCCACCACGCCUUUAGCUUUACGGUUAUCCGCAGUCUCCCUGUGUCUACUCAUAAGAGAGGAGAUCAUCAUAACCUAUGCCGGCAUUGCAUCCCACAUCGCACCUAUUCGCGGCCGUCAACACAACCAGUACGAUGAAAAGCUUGCAGACGUCGUGCUCAACCACAUCAAGGACUUAAGCAAAGUCUACGAUGCGAACAAGAUCGGCGCCCCAGCAUAUACGACAGAUAAGCAAGUCUUCCACACCGACUCUGGACACGUGAUCGCCUUGCCCUCCCUCGAAGAAGCAGCCGAAGGUGGAGAGAGCAAGUUGAGGAGCAGCUGGCGUGUCUACAAAGAGCUAGCACAUACCCGACCUGAUCUCAUCAGAACGCUGGCAGAGCCGUGGCCUGCAGAAAACUUCGGCGACAAAACCAAACCCUACGUCUCCCGCCCACUACUCCACCACCAACCUUCCACCUCCACAUCCCGCGGGCGCCUGAUCAUCCAGUGCGCUCACCGCACAUUCACCGGUUUCCAAGGUCUCCCCCACUCCCGAGACAUCUCACCCAUCACCGAAGCGCAAGCCGAAGCUCUCGACGCCCUGCACUUCCUAGUCGAGAAGCGAUGGCAGUUCGCGAAUAACCUGAGUAUCUUCCAUGCGCGCGAUGGGUUCACGAAUACGGAGGAGAUGCAGAGGUAUUUGGUCAGGCUGUGGUUGAGGGAUUCGGAGAAUACGUGGGAGAAGGUUUAUGGUGGGGUGAAGGAGGAGAGGCAGGAUUUCCCGUUGGAGCCGUAUAUUAGGAAUGCGAGUUUGGGGGCUGGUGGGGAGAGUAAGUGAUGCCCGCGUUAGGGCUAGUUUUCAUCAUGAAUUUUUUUUCUUUAAUGUCGUGAACAACACUUUGAUGCCAUUCUUCACUGUCCAACUCUUUGCAAUGUUCGAUGAGGCUGAGACCGUCCGUUAUGUUCAGCUCGCUCGCUUGUUGCUCGCUUGUUAGCCGUAGAGGUGGUCAGACGCGCAGCAAAACUGACAAAGACUUAGCGAAAGGUCUAUCCUGUGCUGUGAUAAGUGUUGGAGCAGUCAGGCGCACUGUCGAUCAACGUUGAGAAGGUGUGUCAAAGUGUGAUGACGUGCAGGAAGAGGGAGAGAAGGAAGGAGCUGGGCACGAGCCGCUGGCUUAGCGCUGACACGAGCGCCUGCGGGCCUCUCAGUCCGCCGAUUUUGAGUAUGCUCACCCACCCUCAACACCACGUUUCUCAUCAAGUAAGGCUCACCGAACGCCAUGCCUCUGACUCUGAGGCUGUGGUAAAAAGCGCAGUGUUGCA